GAUGACCCUAGGACCCCCUUCCUCGUCCUGCCUCCUGAUUUCUUUCCGAGUGCGUGGACGGUCUCACUGUGUGAUACCAUUCUUUUUCUUUGGUGUACCCUUCUCUAUCUCGCACAGGCGUUGGAUGAUAAUUCCAAGCCCUGUGUAUCCCCAUUUCUGCUGGCAACUUGGCAAUCCAAUUCUUUACUUAAAUUCUCGCUAUCUCUCCCCCUCUACUUUUCACCAUGCAAGCACGACGCACACGGCGCAAGGCACCGCCUGCGUCUCUCGACAUGACAAACACCAAGAAAUUCCAGCCGGCUUUCACAGUGGUGAAAGCCCGCCAGUCUGCAACCACUGAUUUCGAUGAUACGGACUUUGAAUACAGCGAGUCGGAUGACGAGUCUCCACGCAUGAGCAUGGGCUCGUUUGGUUACGAUAGUGUCUCCUCUGCUUCUACACCAGAACUGCCGACUCCAGACCAUGCCCCACGUGAGCCUUUUGCUUACUACCGCAAAUCAACCCAAGGCCCCUCUGGCCCGCACCUCUUCAGAUCGUCGAUUGUUUCAACCAGUUCGGUGCCGUCGACGGAGAUUGACCUCUAUUUCGAAAGAUCUCCCAGGCGGUCUGAGUUCCAGUCCGACCUAGAUACUCCGCAGUUCCCUCCGUCCGAUGUCGAGACACCUUUGCCUACCGACGUCGAGACACUGUACACUGGGUCGAAUAUUGGGAGUGCUCGAUUUCCAAGGUCGAACCUCGGGACUCCCUACUAUCCCCCCUCAGAUGUUGAGGCUCCUCAGUAUACUGGUUCGAGUGUCGCGAGCUCACAGUUCUCGAGAUCAAAGCUUGGAACUUCCCACUACCCUGCAUCGGACAUUGAAGCUCCUCCAUACACUGGCUCGAGCGUAGGGAGCUCCCGGUUCCCGAGAUCAAACCAUGGGGCUUCCCACUAUCCUGCAUCGGAUAUCGAGGCCCCUCAGUACACUGGCUCGAGUGUUGCAAGCUCCCGCUCCCAGUUCCCACGAUCAAACUUUGGAGCGUCUCAUUAUCCUGAAUCAGAUAGUGAUGCCCCCCAGCACACUGGUUCGAGCAUUGGGGGUACACAGUUCCCUAUGUCAGAUGUUGGGACCUCUCAUUACAUCCCCUCUGACUUUGAGGCCCCUCAGCAUACUGGCUCGAGCGUUGGAAGCUCCCAGUUUCCCAGAUCCAACUUUGAGGCCCCUCAACAUACUGGCUCGAGCGUUGGAAGCUCUCAGUUUCCCAGAUCCAACUUUGAUGCCCCCCAGCACACCGGUUCAAGCAUUGGGAGUACACAAAUUCCUGGGUCCGAUGUAUCGAGCUCACGCAGAUAUGCGUUCUCUCCAUGCACCCCCCAAGCUUACAAGACUGUGCAUCCGGAUGUUUCCCAGGUCGAGGAGAGUGAAAUCCGAGGUUGGGCACCGAGCCAGGUCGCCCAUUGGAUGCAUAUUGCUGGGUACGAUGAGUCCGUGAUUGACAGGUUCAUCAUCAACGACAUUGCUGGCAAUGUACUGCUCAACCUUCGGGCUGAUGACCUCAAAGAACUUGGCAUCCAAUCAUUUGGCAAACGACAUCAACUCAUGGCCUCAAUUGAUCACCUGCGCAACACUAUGUUGAAAAGCCCACCUUCUAGGGACAGAGAACCUUCCUUGGACAGGGAGUCUUCCAGAAGACAGUCAUAUGCAGCAUCUGUGUCUCCGACGGGUGAAGUGAUUUCACGUCAACCCAAUGGCAAUCAGCUCACGGAAACAGAGGCCGUCUCCAUCGUCGGUAUCGAACAAGUCCUCCCCAAGCCCCACAACUGCUCCAAGGGUGAGAGCUGUCCCAAAUACCGAAGAUACAAGCGACAGAUGGAGAAAUUGGCUGCCGAAUAUCCCGAUGCGGUCCUUGUUCCUGGACAAAGCAUCGUCACCGGAAAUCCCGGAAAUCCCGAGACAGCACAGAACAUGUUGCGACCCAAGUCUGAUACUGAGCCUUCAGUGGUAGCAUCGUCGGAUGUGCUUGGAGUAGUUACUCCGAGACUGUCUGAAGAAGCUCUAAACGAGAUCCGGAAGCUGGAUCCCCAAGAAAAGAUGCGUCAAUUCUUUAGCUACCAACAUCUCGAACACUCUUCAGAUUCCGACUCGGACUCGGACUCUGAAUCUGACAUCUCCCCUGCCCCCCCUGUGCCACCCAAGGUGGCUCCUAACGUGGCUGCACCUUUCCUACCUCCUCCAGCUACUCGUACGAACAACAUGACUGCCAAUCUUCGUAGUCUCCCGAAGUUGGUGAUACCCACCGAUUCAGACUCGGACGACCUGACCACGGCGGUGACGGCCCAGCGGACCAUUACUCCAUCCAUGGCCAGCCGCAUGUAUGGCUCUCCGACCGUGGUACAGGAGUACGGGCCAUUCAGUAAUGCACGGAAUAUGCCGCCAGUCGAUUACUAUCGCCAGGGCACUCCGUUCACCGAGGUGGAUGUUCCCGUAACCGCCCAGAUGGAUGGGCCCAUCGCCCGUGAAACCUCCCAGUCUGUUCCCCCCGACAUGCGUUAUGGCAACUUUAUGCGUGCUCGCUAUCCAGGACCUAUCUCGCGGUCUCCUUCUGUUCGCGCCCAUCCCGGCAUGGCGUUGCGUCGCGUCAAAGAGGACAAGCCCCUCACACCCAUUGAUGACCCGGCCGACCUGAAAAGAAGCCCCCGCAUCGGCCACAAGACGGGUAACAACAGUGUUGUGGCUAAUCUAGACCCUGACGUGACCCGGAGUGGAUAUAUGCGGAAGCGCAAGCCAGCCCGGUUCCUUCGACACGACUGGCAGGAAGCACACUUCACCCUGCGUGGAACUAACUUGGCCAUGCACCGGGAUGAGUACGCUGCUCUUCGCCGCUCUCGGGCUUUGGAUGAGAUCGAUGUUGAGGACUAUGCUGUUGCCUGCUCGGCUUUGGCCUCCAGCUCGAAGCUUACUGCUGCUUUCAAGAAGUCCAUCCUACGCAAUGGGAACAACCCUGGCAAAGGCGACGCAGCCUUCACUUUCUCCCUCGUGCCGGCCUCUAAGGAGAACGAAAAGAAGAUGCUGUUUGGCAACAAGGAUAUCAAGAGCCACCACUUUGCCGUGAGGACCCGUGACGAGCGCAUUGACUGGAUGCGCGAUAUGAUGCUCGCCAAGGCCCUCAAGAAGGGCAGAGACGAUGGUUACGAAAUGCGUCCCGAAGGAAACUUUAUCUGAGUAUUCUCUCCUCCAGCUUCAUGGUUACUGUCCCCGACCCAGUUCAGUU